AGUCAGAAAGAUGUUUCCCUUUUCCCCAGGUAUCAUCCAAUCAGAGAUCAACACGUCAUAUCCCGGCGCCCGGAUGAUGAUGCGUUCCAUUUGAAGCUGCACAUUACACUCUGUCUGGUGUAGAUUGCCCGGGGACUGUGUAUAUGUUCUGUAUCCCUGAGGAGAUGGCAGCACGUGCCCACUGACCGGGCAGCAUGGCAGAAGUAAAUGGCAGAAGGAAGGCUCGCAGAGGGCGGAAGGCAGGACAGUCUGCGGGCAGGAGGGAGCUGGUAGCCCGGUCCGUACACAGCGCCGAGCAGUGUCUGCGGGAUCGGGACUAUGGCACGGCGUACGCGCACUUCCUGUUGGUGCUCAGCCUGGCCCCUGAGCUGAAGGAUCACUUCAAGGAGACUUUCCAGUAUGCCCUAUUCAAAUGGGCAGAAGAGCUUUAUGCUCUAAACCGAAGUCAGGACAUGUUUAAUUGUUAUGAACAAGCCCUUGAACUCUUUCCACGGGAUGAUGUUAUCUGCAAUAGUAUGGGUGAACAGCUCUUCAGACUGGGAUUUCGAGAUGAAGCAGCUGGGUAUUUCUACAAGGCUGUGAGGUUGAACCCAAAUUCGGCCGAUGCCAGAGAAAAUUUUUACCGUGUAGCAAAUUGGCUCGUGGAACGUUGGCAUUUUGUAAUGCUGAAUGAUGUCAAAAGGAAUUUGAUGUAUCGCAAAGCUAUUGAAAAUGCUGUACAGGCUGGCUGCAAGACUGUUCUGGAUAUUGGGACAGGCACAGGGAUUCUAAGCAUGUUUGCAAAAACUGCAGGGGCCCCUAAUGUUUACGCCUGUGAGCUCUCCAAGACUAUGUUUGACCUGGCCUGUGAGGUGGUGGCUGCCAACCACAUGGAGGGUGACAUCAAACUUCUACACAUGAAGUCUCACGAUGUGCAAGUCCCUAAACACAUUCCUGAAAAGGUCUCACUAGUUGUCACUGAGACAGUAGAUGCUGGUUUGUUUGGUGAAGGUAUAGUGGAAACUCUUAUCCAUGCCUGGAAGAACUUGCUUCUAGAACCUAAGCCCAAAGAUGGAAGUUAUGAGUAUGGACAGGUCAUACCUGCAGGUGCUGUAGUGUAUGGCAUGGUGGUGGAAUGUCCGGAAAUACGCAGACAUCACAGAGUGUUUGUCAGUGAAGUUGCCGGAGUAAACAUAGCAGAAGCGGUGCGGUUUUCCAGUCCUGUACAUUGCAGUCACAAAUCUAGUGAAGCGAAUGAGCCAUAUGCUACGGAGAAGAUGAGCCGGGUACCUGGCGGUUAUAAAGCGCUGAGCCAGCCCUUCCUAGCUCUGACGGUAGACUUCAAUAGCCUAGAGGACUUGGAAAGCAUUGCUGCUGGCAGGUCCUGCAGGAUCUCUGUUCUGGUCCAAGAACAAGGACAGCUUGACUGCUUUAUAACUUGGUUUGUCUUACAUCUGGAUAAAGAACACAGUCUGUCAACAGGACCUAGCGAAGAAACGUGCUGGGAACAAGCUGUAUUUCCUAUCCAAAACCUCCCUGAUGGCUAUAUUGUAAACUGUGGGGAUACAGUGGUUCUGGAUGUACACUGCCCUGACUGUUACUUAAGAGUAGAUCUGGUCACAGUUCUUAGAGCUGUUGAGGUGGAUAGCGGUAUGUCUUCAGAUGGGAUGUCAUUGGAGAAUGAGGUCGAAUUGUGCGAUGCUUUGGCCAGUCUUCACACCACGCAUCAGGACACCAAGCAGGAAUUGUGCAUUCUGGAGCCCAGUGAGAUAGCCUUACUAAACAAUGUUAUUUACAACGAGAGCUUUAAGAACGCUAUAAGUAAAGUCUUAUCUUCUCUGCAACCUGGAAUGAAUGGUCCAUUCAGGAAUGCCAAUGAUGCAGAGGCUUCUGAAGGACAUUUCGUAGACCCUCUGUAUAUACUGGAUGUGUCCGAGGGGUUUUCCAUUUUACCUCUCAUUGCUGCAAAGCUUGGGAGGGUGAAAUCUUACAGCUCGGUUGAAGAGGAGCAGCACUGUGUCGCCCUAGAGAUGUUAUUGGAGAGGAACAGCAUCUCAAAAGACAGUCUGGAAUUUUGGCUGCCCCAGCUGGAAGCCAACGAUGAGGUUUUACAGAGGCCCAAGUCAGACAAGUUGUGGAGCAUCAUUAUUCUAGAUGUCAUUGAGCCUUGUGGUCUGAUCAGACAAGAGGUGAUGGAGAAGUGUGCCAUAGCAAGGUGCUUACUACAGUCUGGAGGAAAGAUCUUCCCUCAGUAUGUGGUGAUCCAUGGCAUGCUAAUAGAAUCCAACGCCUUACUGCAGGAGAGUUCUGUUCAAGGCACAGAACCUACACUAGGUUUCACUAUAGCGCCAUCUAUAAAUCAGUUCAAGGUGCCUGUCCAUGUCUUCCUGAAUCUCGCUACCCUGCCUUGUGUCCCUCUAAGUGAUCCAGUAGAAUUGCUUAGGCUGGAUCUAAUGAACCCGUAUUCAAACCACUGUAGCUUAGCUACGGAAGUAAAGGUAAGAAUAUGUAAAUCAGGCCAGGUGACUGCUAUUCCGUUCUGGUAUCACCUCCACCUUGAUGAAGAUAUUCAUUUGGACACCUCCAGUGACACAUCACAUUGGAAACAAGCAGCUUUUGUGUUAGAAGAGCCAUUCAGGGUGGAGGAAGGGAAAGAACUCUUACUUGGAGUACAAUUCCAGAACAGCAAUGUCAGUAUGACUUUAAGGCAACCGUCAUAGUAUCUUCACGAAAAUAACAUUUCACUCAAUAGCUGUAUAAUAGUUAUAUAGAAUAUAAAUUCUACCUAGGUACCAUAUAGCAAGUUGUAUAGUAUUUUAUUCAGAAUCCAUGUGAUGCAGUCAGUAAUGAUGUCAAAAAUUAGGCCUCGACUCAAGUUAUAUAAAACACCUUAGGCACCCACUCUAAUGAAUGUCGGCAUUGUAGACAGUGUCCCUGUCCUUACUUAACCCUUCAAGAAGAGUAUACCUUCAGUAGUGCAUUUUGAGAACAGGAUGUCAGAUGUGUAUAAAUGAAAUGGUUUAUUUUAUACAUGUCAGCAGAAUUCACAUGACUUCUGUUGUGAGAGCACAGCUGUGACAUAGAAUGGAAAAUGUGCUGUGUCAGCAAAGUACAUCAUGUUACUGAACAGCAUUUUUGUAAAAUCCUGAACCACAAUAGGGAGCAACCACACCAGUACAUUUCACCAGCUGACUAGUAAAUAGAUGUAAGGUUUUAUAUAAAGCUUCAUGUUUGGAGCCCUUUUAGAUAAGAUGGAAUUGCAACAGCAGAAGCCUUUUUAUAUGUCUGUUCCCUUAUUGUGGUUGAUGUAAUAAAGGGUAGUGGGUGAGAAGUCGGGGUCCCCACAGCUGCUCAAUACAGAGAUACACCUUAUAGCAGUGGUCCGCAUUCUGUGUCUCUUGUACUGUUCUCAAACUACAACUGGUUUAUGCUGUCUAUGUGUUCAUAAUGUUACAUGUUCUGUUACAGCGCAAACUUAGGUUGACAGUCUUAACCCGUUAAAGACACAGGAUGUAAAUGUAUGUCCUGGUACAUAACGCACCAGGACGUACAUUUACGCCCUGUACAUAACACAAGCACCAGAAGAGUGCUUGAAUCAUGCACAGCAGGUCCCGGCUGCUAUGAGCUGCCAGGGACCUGCCGGUAAUGGCGGACAUUAGCGAUCGUGCUGAUAUCCGCCAUUAACCCCUCAGAUGCCAUGAUCAAUACAGAUCACAGCAUAUGUGGCAAUGUGGGCAUUUGAAUGAAUGAUUGGAUUGCCCGCUGCGCUGCCUUGGAGAUCCGAACAUCCAACAUGGCGGAGGUUCCCUCGCCUGCUCCGGCCGUCAUCCCGGUGUCUUCUCCUCUGGUCUGACAUUGAGCAGACCAGAGAAGAAGAUUGUCGAUAAUACUGAUCAGUGCUAUGCCUACGCAUAGCACUGAACAGUAUUAGUAAGUGAAGUGUUUUCAAAAAUAAAAAAAUAAGGUACUGAUAAAAACUACUUAUACUUAUCUUAUACAGCCCUGUAUACGGAAAAAUAAGAAAGUUAUAGGGGUUCAAAAUAGAGUGGUUUUAAACAUCCUAAUUUUAUUAAAGUUUGAGAUUUAAUGAGCAGUACAAUAAUAGAAAAGCAUUUAACCAUGGGAAUCAUUUUCAUUGUAUUGACCCACAGAAUAAAGAAAACCUGUCAUUUUUACCGUAAAGUGUACAGCGUGAAAACGAAACCUUUCAAAAUUUGCUAAAUUGUGGUUUUCUUUUCAAUUUCCCCACACAAAUAAUAUAUAUUUUUUUGGUUGCCCCAUUCAUUUUAUGGUAAAAUGAGUGAUGUAAUUACAAACUGGAUGCGCAAAAAACAAGCCCUCAUUUGGGUCUGUGGAUGGAGAUAUAAGAGUUAGGAUUUUUAGAAGGUGAGGAGAAAGGAGUUAUCCAGAAUAAAAAAAACUUCUCCUGUACUCAGGAUAGGAGAUAAGUGUCAGAUUGUGGGGGUCCGACCACUAAGAACCAACACAAAUCUCCCCCCCGCAAUCUCCCGCCGAGCACCCCGGCUUUUUACAUGAACUUAGGUGUCGACCACCGCACGAAGCUGUGGCUGACGCCCCCUCCAUCAAUCUCUGUGGGUUAGCCAGAGAUACACAAACUAUGCCAGAUUUAUCAAUCAUGCACCUAAAUCUUAGUGCAUUUAGGCCAAUCCCUCUUUACAGAAGCCACUUCACUUUUGUCAGACCCAGUGUGGUGCAAGUUAUGUAAUUUAUUUCCCCCCAGAGUUGUGCACAUGUGCAGUAGUAAAUACAGAUGAGUGAAGCAUACAACAACUCACUGCAGGAGAUGGGCUCCAUUUUAACUUCUCCCAGCUAUAUCUAGAGAUCAUUGGUAGUCUUGGCACUGAAACCCAGAUGGCAGUAAAGCUUAAAACAGUAAAUCUCAGCAGUUCACUUCUGAGGCCAUGUUCACACAAUGGAGUGGAAUACAGCAAAAAAAUUCUGUUCAGAUUCACCUGCAAUAGAGUCCUCUUGCUUCAAUGGUAUUUUGCUGCAUCCUGCACACAGCGGAAUUUCCAAGGAAGAAACAUCUGCUGCAGCAAUCCUGAUUCCAGCCUCCGCUGACGUGUCAGAGCUGACUCCGCUUGAAACUACAUUGCAGUCUAUGGAUUACCAAGAUGCCUUAGUGCUGGCAUGUUUUGCUGGUGCCGCUAUUUGCAGAAUGUCUGCUCAUGCUUUUUAUUUAAAACUUGCUGAGUACCCGGCGUUGCCCAGUUUUUCCUUCCUAAUCCUUUUUGGGGAGGAAAAUAAACAAAGGAGGAAGCUUUUGACUUCAUAUGCAGUCCUCAUAUAUUGUUGUCAUAUCCCAACCCCACAUCCCGACCUCCUGUCCCGUCCUCCUAUCUCGACCUCCUAUCCCGACCUCCUAUCCCAACUUCCUAUCCAGACCUCCUAUCCCAUCCUCAUAUCCCGU